AAAUGUGGGAAUGUAGUUAGGCUCUCUUGAAUUUUCUUAUAGAUACAGGAUAAGAGCACAGUAUAUAGGUGUGUUUAAUGUGUGUGUGUUUAUUUAUAAUUAUAAAUAUGCAAAGUGCAUGAAUCCCUGAGGCAUAUACAGUAAAGAUGAUGGCAAUAUUAAAUUGCUUUGCAAUGGGUGGAAAAGAUCUGGAGUGGAAGAUCAUCUACGUGGGCUCAGCUGAGAGUGAGGAGUACGACCAGGUCCUGGACUCGGUUCUAGUCGGCCCAGUUCCUGCAGGAAGACAUAUGUUUGUCUUUCAGGCGGACGCUCCAAACACAGGGCUGAUCCCUGAGAGCGAUGCGGUGGGCGUGACCGUCGUGCUGAUCACAUGCACAUAUCGGGGACAGGAAUUCAUCCGCAUCGGUUACUAUGUCAACAACGAGUACACAGACCCUGAGCUACGGGAAAACCCACCUGUCAAACCCAACUACACACAGCUGCAAAGGAACAUCUUGGCGUCUAACCCCCGCGUGACCCGUUUCCACAUUAACUGGGAAGCGACUAUGGACAAGAUGGAGGAUUCGGAGAAUGUAGAUCCCGCCCCCAACGCCAUGUUCCCGCCCACCUCCAUGCCUGGCAAAGCCCCGCCCCUUGGACUCAUGCCUGACAACUCUAUGGACUGCUUAUAGUGCCUGAACACAACAACAACCUCAUGCAUAAAGUAAUAAAUGUGUUAUUUUGUAUUUGUACUCCUGUAUGUUCUUACAGUUGAGAUCGGACACACACACACACACACACACACACACACACACACUGGUCUCAGUCCUCUAGCACUGCACUGAUCACACACCUGAAGCACUCGGGCAGUCGUGGGACUAUGUCUUGUGCUCCCUGUCCUGAACAGCAGGGGGCCAGACCCGAGCACCAGCAGACAUGGACUGUUUUCUUCUGUUUUUCUGUGGUGCACAUCACUAGUGAGGUGAAUCCCAUAAAAACAUGUUCUGUUCGCGUUUUCUUACAAACUAUAUUUUCCAUAAAGACAAAGAAGCACUGUAGGACGAUUAGUACGUUUGCGAUUUGACAUUGUUCACACAUGUUUUCCCCCAAACUGUCAUUAAUCAAAAAAACUAAAAACUAAAAAAACAGUUCAUUCUCAUUACUGUAAUGCAAAAUUGUUUAUAAUAAUGAUAUAAUAAUAAAAUUUGAUUAAGUAUUCUUACAUCACUGUUGUGUUGAUUAAAUAACUGAUGAGGAUUAUCAUUGAGAAUAAUAGGAUUUACCAAAAAAAAAAAGGCCUUGAAAUGUUUUUGUGAGAUUCAUCCUUUAUGGUCAGAAAUUAUUCCCUUUUUUGGGAAUAUUUUGCUCGGAUAUGAUCAAUAUUUUGAAACGCAUUACAAUUCCAGCUCUGUUUCUGUUUUCUUGGGACGUCAGAUUGUUUAUAAAAUGAUUUUGUUUGGUUCUAAACUGAAUCCAAGUUGGUUCUUCUGUUGCCUUUUGUGAUAUUUGUUUAUGAAAACUCUUAGGUUUAAUAAAACUGGACUUUUGUUUUUGAUGUUCUCUCCA